GAAGAGAAGUAAAUUCACUCUCUUGUGCACCAGUGAGGUAUUUUUCCAGGAGAGAGAGACACACCCGAAAGCGCCGAUUUAUGAGCAGGUUGUUUGCCUGCCCUGCAGUCCCAGUCCGCUAUCCAAACGGGAUACUCUCCUCGUCGUGGUUCAGCUGCCUGACUGCACAUCCGCUUUAGAAGUUGCUAGUGUGGUUCAGCGGCUCACGGGUUUACAGAGAGACGGAUAUCAAAUAGGACUGCCUCAACGGAACAGUAAAUAACAGUCGGUAAAGUAUUUUGGCGGAGGGGGACCAGACGCUUAGGACAACAUAAGUAGCAAGACAACGCACAGCCCGGUGCAAAACUGAUGACCCAUAAGACAUGGAGGUUCUGUUGAAGACGGCUGAGACUGUGCCAGUCACCGAGCCUGAGAUGUGGUGGGGAACGUUGGGCACUAUGCGGCCCUUCCCAAAUUUCAAACCUGAGAAGGAUGUUCGGGAGAUCCAGGUGGCCCUGGAGAAGAAAGAUGUUAAUACUCUGGUGAGGAUCUUGACCAACCGCACCAAUGCACAGAGACAAGACAUCUCCCAGGCCUUCCGUACCCUCAAACAGCAGGACCUGAGUCAAGCUCUGAAGAAACUGCUGUCUGGGGCACUGGUGGACCUUCUGCUGGGCCUCUUGAUGACCCCCGCACAAUUUGACGCUCAUCGCCUCCGGCAAGCCAUGCACGGUUUGGGAACAGACGAGGAGACUCUGCUGGAGGUCCUGUGCACCAGAUCAGCACAGCAGCUCAAAGAUAUCACUAUAGCCUACAAGCAAGAGUUUAAACGGUAUCUGGAGAAUGACCUGAUCAGUGAGAGCAGCAAGGUCUUUACCAACCUGAUCCUCUCCAUACUCAAGAAGGAGCAGGAGAACAUGCAGGGGGUUAUCGAAUACCAGCUCAUUGAUCGAGACGUCAGGACUCUGACUGAAGCCCUCAGUGGUAAGAAGGCGGACCCUAUCCCCUGGAUCAGGGUACUCACGACAAGGGAUUAUGACCAUCUUGACAGAGUCUUGUUCAGGUGGGAGUGUAUUCAGGGUGAGACUGUGGACAAAGCACUGCAGAAGCACUUUUCUGGGGACCUCAGACUGGGGUUGCGAGUAUUGGUUCGUACUAUCCAGAACACCCCUCUAUACCUGGCCCAGCGGCUGCAGGCCUGCAUGAAGAAAAACAAUGUGCUGUUUGGUAUCCUGGUCUCUCGCAGUGAGGAGGAUCUUCUCAGCGUGAGAGUGGAAUAUCGCAGAUUGACCAAUACCUCCCUCUACUCAGCUCUACAGAAAGAAUUUAAGGGGGAUCUUCAGCUGGCCCUAUUAGCCUUGUGCCGGGCCGAAGACGUGUAGCCAAACAGAGGGGCAGAGAGAAAAAGAACAAACAGUCGUCAAAUAUAUACUAUACUCUAUAUGAUUACCUACAUACUGAAGCACACCACAGCUUUUAUUCACACACAGAGCCCACCUACAUCCUGUAAUCACAGGCAUGGUCUGUUUUUGAUCUGCCAGCGUUAAUGUUCAUCGCCACCCUAGCUAUCCAGGUAGGAUUUGAUGUACAGAUGAAAUGGCUGGUUUUGUGCACGGCACAAUUCAGUCAUAGCAUUAAGUGGCCGAGUUUCAUUGUUCAUCUUAAUGGAAAAGCCAAAACUUGCUCUCUGAAUAUUUAGCUUCUCUCUAGCCCCGACUCCUGUGCGCCACUAGUUUUAAAAGAUCUUCUGAACUCCAGCAGCUGAAUGGCUUAAAAAUUUUCACAUUAAUUCGAUUUCCAUUAUAGCCAAAGAGCGCGAAUGCGCAUGUCGGAAAACUUCCGGACUGCGUGCGGACGUGGCUCCCUCCCGCCUCAGAGCGAGUGCGAGGGAUUUCGGGCGGGCAACUGUGCGGGAUUCUUCACGUUUAGGCUCCGCCUCUCUCUGAUCUCACAAAUCCCAAGACAAUGUCAGCCAAGAGACAAUUAUUAAUAUCCCCGUGCAUAGCUGCCAUUUCUCCCGACCCAUCAAUCUUCAGCUGCAGACUGGGAGUAGAGUUUCCCUCCUGUUUGGGGGGGACGGGGCAGGCAGGGGGGUUGAGUUAUAUAAAGGUUCACAUAUCCAGAUGAGGCCAUCCUCUCUGGCCAUUGUAUGAGUCAGGUAGAAAUGUAUGUAGAGACUGUCUUUGUUCAUAGGGGGCAAUGAGCAUUUUUUACUAUUGUCUCCAAUUUCCAGAGAGUUUCCUGAGAUGUUUACAUUGAUUUGUGUUUCUCACAUAAUGGACUGUGAUUUAGUUUGAUUAUUGUAUAUUAUUGUGUCUAAAUCAAACACAAUAAAGCAAUUGUUUUUGAUGCA